AUGAAUCGUCAUUUCAACGGCCCUGCCCACGGACUCCCCCUUGAUAUCCUCAACUACAACGGGGAUGUCAUUCAAUACAGGGGUGGUACAGAACAAUGGGCAUCCUCUGCUCGCAUAAUUCAGGACGAACUAUUCGUGCAGAGGGCCUUAGUAAUAUGGCAUCCCGGAGACCUAGGGUUGCAAGAACUUGUCGAUCGCCUUUACUUUCCUAUAUGCCUUCAUAUCAGCAGCAAUACUCAACGCCACGAAGCUGGCUAUGCAAACAGCGUACUUGGAACGAACCAAGAUGCCGGACUCAGAAACCAGGGCUCGUGCGGCAGCGAUGGAUGUGUCCAGGUGGCCUCAUACAACCAGAGGGAAAGUAUAUUGGCAAGGCUCGCCGACAGCCCGGCAGUCUACUUGGAUCAAGGCGUUGUCCUUGGAGGGCCUGGUGCGGAUCUGAACCAGAAUGUCAAGAGCACUAUGCCGCAGAAGAGAACAACCCACCGCGUGUUGAACUUUUGA